CCGCGCCGUCCCUCAGCUACGCCACCCACAACCCCUCGCGAAGCACCGAAACCGCGAGGGAGAUGUCCGCAAUUCGCACCGCCGAACCCUUCGGCGAGGGCGUACCCUUCGGAGACCCCGGGUGGUACACCAAGUUCAACUCGCCGUACUACACCCAGAGCCACGUGGAGUACCGCGCCAAGGUGAGGGCGUUCGUGGAGAAGGAGAUCAUGCCCCACACGCACGAGUGGGACGAGAAGAAGUCCUUGCCCCUGGAGCUGUACCGCAAGACGUACGAGGCUGGCAUCCUGCCCGGCGUCGUCGGGUCGCCGUGGGCGGGUGGCAUGGGCGCGCACCUGGACGUCAAGGGCCCCAAGGAUUUCGAUUACUUCCACGAGCUCAUCAUCCUGGACGAGUUCGGGCGAUGCGGCAGCGGCGGUGUGCUCUGGGGCCUUCUCGAGGGCGUGCACAUCGGGCUCCCGCCGGUGCUCAACUUUGGCAGCGAGGAUCUUCGCGAGCGAUGCGGCUUGCGCGUCCUCCGGGGCGAGGCCACCAUAUGCCUGUGCAUCACCGAACCCUACGCGGGUAGUGACGUGGCCAACAUCAGGUGCACCGCGAAGAAAUCCAAUUGCGGAAACUUCUACGUCGUCGACGGCGAGAAGAAGUGGAUCACCAACGGCGUGUGGGCGGAUUACUUCACCGUCGCCGUGCGAACCGGCGGCUCCGGCAUGGGCGGCAUCUCCCUCUUGCUCAUAGAGAAGACCAUGCCCGGCGUUCAGUGCCGACGUAUGGACUGCAUGGGGGUGUGGGCGAGCGGCACCAGCUUCAUCACCUUCGAGAACGUCAAGGUGCCCGUGGGUAACCUCAUCGGCGCCGAGAACAACGGGUUCAAGUACAUCAUGCACAACUUCAACCACGAGCGCUGGGGUUUCGUGGUGCAGGCGAACAGGUUCGCCAGGGUCUGCUACGAGGAGGCGUUUAAGUACGCGCACAGGAGGCGGACGUUUGGUAAGAGGCUCGUGGAGCACCCGGUGAUUCGCGCCAAGCUCGCGGACAUGGUCCGACAGAUCGACGCGACGCAUCACCAGAUGGAGAACAUCACGUACCAGAUGUGCACCAUGCCCAAGGAGCAGAGCGCCAAGGCGCUGGCGGGAAUCACCGCGCUCGCGAAGGUUCAGUCCACCAAGGUGUUCGAGUACUGCGCCAGGGAGGCUGCGCAGAUCUUCGGGGGCGCGUCCUACGUCAGGGGCGGGCAAGGGGAGAAGGUCGAGAGGCUGUACAGGGACGUGAGAGCGUACGCCAUACCGGGCGGGAGCGAGGAGAUCAUGAUGGACCUCGGCGUCCGCCAGGCGAUGAAGGAGUGGGACGCCGUCCAGUCCAGGAUGUGAUUGUGAUG